AGCUCCAACUUGACGUUCAAUCCCCUGAUUCUUUACUAGUUCGCAUUUCGUCUUCACAAAAAUCGGGGUCAUUAAGGAAGAAAAACACUUUUUGUGGGUAGUUGUGUUUUAAAUAAUUCGAUAAUGGCAACCCUAUCCGCUGCCCAGGGCCACAGGGAACACGUACUGGCCGUUUCCAGGGAUUUCAUCUCCCAACCCAGAUUGACUUACAAAACCGUUUCUGGUGUAAACGGCCCCCUGGUAAUCCUCGAGGACGUGAAAUUUCCCAAAUUCAAUGAAAUUGUCGAACUGAAAUUGGCUGAUGGAAGCUUAAGGUCCGGACAAGUAUUGGAAGUCAGCGGCAAUAAAGCUGUUGUACAAGUGUUUGAGGGCACUUCUGGUAUUGACGCAAAAAACACGCUAUGCGAGUUUACUGGAGACAUUUUGAGGACCCCUGUGUCGGAGGACAUGUUGGGCAGAGUGUUCAACGGAUCAGGAAAACCCAUUGACAAAGGUCCUCCAAUCUUAGCCGAAGAUUUCUUGGACAUCCAAGGUCAACCCAUCAACCCAUGGUCGCGUAUCUACCCGGAGGAAAUGAUCCAGACCGGUAUCUCCGCCAUCGACGUGAUGAACUCCAUCGCGCGUGGGCAAAAAAUCCCCAUUUUCUCCGCGGCCGGUUUACCGCACAACGAAAUCGCCGCCCAAAUCUGUAGACAGGCCGGUUUAGUCAAACUGCCGGGCAAAUCGGUAAUCGACGAUCACGAGGACAAUUUCGCCAUCGUGUUCGCCGCCAUGGGUGUCAACAUGGAAACCGCCCGUUUCUUCAAGCAGGACUUCGAAGAAAACGGUUCCAUGGAGAACGUGUGUCUCUUCUUGAAUUUGGCCAACGAUCCCACCAUCGAGAGAAUCAUCACGCCCCGUUUGGCUCUGACCGCCGCCGAAUUUUUGGCUUAUCAAUGCGAGAAACACGUGCUGGUUAUCUUAACUGAUAUGUCUUCUUACGCCGAGGCUUUGCGUGAAGUAUCCGCCGCCAGAGAAGAAGUACCCGGACGUCGUGGGUUCCCCGGUUACAUGUACACCGAUUUGGCCACCAUUUACGAAAGAGCCGGUCGCGUUGAGGGUAGAAACGGUUCCAUCACCCAGAUUCCCAUCUUGACUAUGCCGAACGACGAUAUUACUCACCCUAUUCCCGAUUUGACCGGUUAUAUUACCGAGGGGCAGAUCUACGUCGACAGGCAGUUGCAUAAUAGGCAGAUUUAUCCACCGGUCAACGUGUUGCCCUCGUUGUCCCGUCUUAUGAAGUCCGCUAUCGGUGAGGGUAUGACCAGAAAGGAUCAUUCUGACGUUUCUAACCAGUUGUACGCGUGCUACGCCAUCGGUAAGGACGUCCAAGCCAUGAAGGCCGUCGUAGGUGAAGAAGCUUUAACCCCCGACGAUCUGCUUUACCUCGAGUUCCUCACCAAAUUCGAAAAGAACUUCAUCGCCCAAGGAAACUACGAAAACAGAACCGUGUUCGAGUCGUUGGACAUCGGCUGGCAACUGCUCCGUAUCUUCCCCAAGGAGAUGCUGAAACGUAUCCCGGCCAACAUCCUGGCCGAGUUCUACCCCAGGGAUUCCCGUCACUAACUUCAACAGUAAAAAAAAUCCAUUUUGGCACUAUGUGUUUCUAGAUUAAAUUUUAGAGGCUUGAAAUGCAGGUUGGGGUCUCCCCUUGGUGGGGCCCAAAAAAUAAAUUUAAGCCGUCACUCAUCCAUAAUAUUGUUGCAAAUAUGUAUAUUAAGUCACCGGUAAACCCUCUGUUCGCCCCCUUAUUGUAUAAACCUGUAUAAUGUAGCCGUAUUCGCUAAGUUACAAACAAAACAUAAAAAAAACUGCAUGUACUCAUGUUUUCUUUUAUUUUUUUGGAUACAUUCCAUUAAGUCUUAAUUGUAAUUUUUUUCGUUUCGUUUCUUCGGAAGACAAUAACGCGAUUAUUGAUUUCAGUAUUUUUUUUUAAUAGUAAAAAAUAGCCCAAAAUACUGACGCAUGUCAUAAUUAUAUUAUAUAGAUUGUUGAUUGAUUAUUAUUAAUUUAAUGUUGUUAAGAUAUUUGAGUAUUGUAAAGAUGAUAUUGUGAAUAAAAGUUGAUAAGUGUG